CGCUCCCGCCUCUAGGCCGGAGCCAAUCCUCCGCUCCAUAGGGGUGGGGGUGAGGGCCGGCAGACAGCGGAGAGGCAUGGAGGGAGCGCGUCCCAGGAAAGCCCCUGGCCAAUGCCAGCCGGAUUUCUGGGGAACGAGGAAGGAUCCGGCGCAGAGGCCGCAGGAGCCGAGGCGCCCCAGGCCUGGAGAGGCCGGGAGGAGAGAGGAGACCAGAGCUGGAGGGAGGGGGGGGUGGGGGCCAAGCCUGGAGGCGCCGUCCCGCCCCCGCAGGUGCGGUGCGCAGGCGCACUUCCCGCGCGAGCCUCACUCCGCUCCACCAUCCCGGAUCCUUUGCCGCAGCGUCAGCAGCGCCGCCGCCUUCUUUUCCUCUUCCUCCUCCUCUUCGGCCUCCGCCUCCUCUUCCUCCUCCACCCCUCCCUCUCCUCCGCGUCUCCCGAAGCGGCGCCGGGAGCCCGCGCCGAGUCCCGGACCGUGCGGUGCCAUGCUGCCCCGGCGGCGGCGCUGAAGGAUGGCGACGCCGGUCCCUCCGCCCGCGCCGCGGCACCUGCGGCUGCUGCGGCUGCUGCUGUCGGGCCUUGUCCUCGGCUUGGCCCUGCGCGGGGCCGCCGCCGCCGCCAGCCGCCCGGAUGUGGCUGCCUGCCCUGGGAGCCUGGACUGUGCCCUGAAGAGGCGGGCGAGGUGUCCCCCAGGGGCACACGCCUGUGGGCCCUGCCUGCAGCCCUUCCUUGAGGACCAGCAAGGGCUCUGCGUGCCCAGGGUGCGACGGCCGCCCGGGGAGGACCGACCCCAGCCCAGACUGGAAGAUGAGAUCGACUUCCUGGCCCAGGAACUCGCCCGGAAGGAGGCCGGACACUCAAGUCUCCCAGCCCCGCCCCUGCCCGAGGCUGGGCAGCAGCUCCCGGAGGCUGCAGCCACUGUGGGAUUCUCAGAGCGGGGCCAAGGACCCAAGCCCGGCCGCCCCUCUGCGGGGCGGGGAGCCCGCACGCCCACGCCCAGCACCGCCUGGGGCUCCCCUGUGUCCUCCGGGCCAGUGCACAUGGCGCCCCUGGAGCCCCGGGGCGGGCGCGGCGACGGCCUCGCCCUCGUGCUGAUCGUGGCGUUCUGCGUGGCCGGCGCGGCCGCCCUCGCCGUGGCGGGCGUCUGCUGGUGCAGGCUGCAGCACGAGAUCCGCCUGACCCAGAAGGCAGACUACGCGGCCCCCAAGCCCCCCGGCUCGCCCGCGGAGCCCCGGAUUUCGAUUUCGCCCGGGGACCAGCGGCUGGCACACAGCGCCGAGAUGUACCACUACCAGCACCAGAGGCAGCAGAUGCUGUGCCUGGAGCGGCAUAAAGAGCCCAAGGAGCUGGACUCGGCCUCCUCGGACGAGGAGAACGAAGAUGGAGACUUCACGGUGUACGAGUGCCCGGGCCUGGCCCCGCGCUGCCCGCCUAGCACCCGCCCACCUUCGCAGACCGGGGAGAUGGAGGUGCGCAACCCCCUGUUCGACCACGCCUCGCUGUCCGUGGCCCCGCCCAGCCCGUGCUCGCCGUCUGCACCGCCGCCGCCGCAGUGACCCGAGGCCAGCGAUGCCCACGUGUUCCCGCCACCCGGGACGGGGCGGGCGGCAUCGCCCACCAAGAAGAACGCGAACGCGCUCUGAUGCUGUCUGCCUGUGGCUGGGGCAUGGGGUGCUGGGCCCGGAACCCCUUGCCAGGGAGACCCCUCCUUUGUGCCGGGAGACUUCUGCCCCCCUUGUGCCUCUCCUGUUUGGUUUGGACCCCCAAACUGGAGGGGGAAGGGAGAACCCUAGAGCCCAGGCAUGGACAGGGAAUUUGGGAGACAAAAGCCAAUUAAAGUACAUUUCAAACCUG